AUGAUUGUAAAUUUCUGUUCGUUGCCACAUUUACCUUCUCUAUUUAAUAGAAAACAAAAGAUAUUUAUGGUUGAAUCUGUUGGUGACUUUUUAUUCACACAUCUUAACCCUGAUACUACUACAGUAGAGGGUAAAUACACGUGUAAAGAAUAUGAAAAAAAUUAUUUGCAGUAUAUCCUAGAAAUAUCUGAUUCACUAUUUUUGAAUAAUUUAAAUUUAGUGGCAGAAUUAUGUUUCAAUUCAAAAAGUCAUUGUCCAAGUUAUCAACACUUUCAUCAAUGUAAUCUUGUCAAAUGUAUUGAGGAUUAUUUGAUGAGACUUAUACGCUUCACAGGAAAGAGAUAUAAACGAUUCUUGAAAGAAACUGGAAACAAAAAUGUAUAUGACAGAAAACGAUUAAAGAUGACAAUAAAAUUAUCGCGGAAAAUUGAAAACUGUCAAACUGAUCAACUAAAUUCAAUCAUUAACAUUGGAGUACAUCCUAAACGAAAUGAACAUAUUCCCAACCGAAUACAAUUGAAUGUUAAUGAAAUCUUUCCACAAAUCAACAUCAUGACAUAUUACAAUAUUUAUGUAAAUUUACAUCAGUGGACUGAUGAACUUUUCAUAACUAAUGAAAUAAUUGGAGACCAGCCAUUUGUGGAAGCUAAUAAUAAUAACAAUAAUAAUAAUAAUGUAACACCGUUCAGUGAUCCAUCUUCAACACUGAAUACUGUUUCUUUUAACCCCGUGAAUAUUGCAAUUAAAAAAAAUCAAAUAAUUAUGAUGAUUAGUGAAAGCUUAGACUGUUCCGCUGUUAAUCACUUUGGCGAAAUGGAUGAUGCAGACGACGAUUCACAUGAAGAGUCUGAUCCAAUCAAGGAAACUGAACAGUAUUAUACAAAAGAUGCCAAAGGAUUGAACAACACUUCUAUCAAUCCUCAUAUAUGUUUGUGCAAUACAUUAAAUCAUAACGAUUACCUAAGGAAGCACGGUUACCAAACACCUUCAUUAGAUGAUUAUAAUAAAAGCGGUAAAAAGAUGAUAGAUUCACCAAUGAACGUAAGCGUCAAUUUCCCGCGGAAUUCAACACUGAAUAAACAAGCUCAAAUGAAAUUCAUGUAUACAGUGGAAGACUGUGUAAUCGACAGCGUAAACCUAACAAUGAAUAAUAAUACUGAAUUACAAACAUUCGAAGGAGGAUAUUUUAACAUGCACAGUGGAAAAGCAACGAGUGUAUCGGAUAGAUUCAGCACUGCUUCAUGCACAUAUACUAACAUGUAUGCAGUUGAAACUGUCAUUUUAUCAUUAUCAAGUCGAAUAGCAAAAAAAAGCAUAGCGAAUAGAAAUAAUCUAAGAAGAAAAUAUAUUCCUAGAGCAUUAGUAAAUCAAAGAUUUCUACUCAUUGGUAAGUAUGUUACAGAAUUAUUCAAUGAAAAAUUAUCCACGAAGCAACACAAAGUACAUAUUUAUGAAGUGAAAGCUCAACAAGCCAAGAAAGAAUCAAUUGAACACUUUUCCAACUGUUGUGAAAUUUCCCAACAUACAACUACUACUAAAAAUACACUUGACAGUAAUGUGACUCGUAAUCCCAUAAACAAAAUAAACGGUGAUAUGUUUAUACUAUCACCGAAUUGCAAUGAUUCACUACAACUCCUCAUGGACUGCAAACAGACAUCAGUGAAGAUAGCGGAAGAAAGAAAAAAUGUUGAAGCAGUGAAAGAUUUGCGCUUGCAUCGAUUUCUUGACAGUCAAAUGCCUUCAUUGAAUAAUCUGACAGAGAAUAAGGUGUCUUCUAUUGAACACCAUAAAGAAUAUACAAAUGAAGUACAAACUAGGCAUAAGGAUCCGUUACAUUUGGACAGUCUAGUGAAAACUAUUCAUUCGCCAAAUAAAUCUAGAAGUCUCGAAGAAAUCAAUAAUUUGAAAAUAUUUGAUAAGAACGAAGGUAAUACACUUUGUGAAACUAGAUCUUUACCCAAUUUAUCUUCUGUAAAAGAUAAUAUCAAAUAUAAUCAAUCGAAAGUAUCAGCAAAUCUUAAAAAUUACUCCACAAUGAAUAAAAAUAUUGAUAAUCAUCUCGUAGUGAAUGAUAUUCCUUCAGAAGCUUUGAAAAACCGCUUGGAUUUCAAGUCAAAGAAGCAAUCAAUUCAUGAAUUAGAUCAGUGCUCUUUUAAUACUGUCAGUUAUAAUGAAUUAGAUAUUGAUCAUUUAUUGGUGGAAACAUUCCCAUUGUCUGUUGGUGUUUAUUCACCCCAGAUAAAUAGUAUAAGUGAAAUUUCCUCUGUUUCAUUGGAUCAAUUAACAACGCAGAAUAAUAUUUAUUCACUGAGCAAACUACAAGUGAACAGUCAGGCUGUACACAAUAAGGAUAAUAAUGCUGAUGAUGAUAAGAUGGUUGUGCAGAAUGUCGGCGACAAUCAACAGCUGGAGGAAGUACAUCACUUUCAGAAUCAAUACAAUGAAUUAAACAGAACUGACGAAAAAAUCAGUAAUCCAGUCAAAUGUAAUAAGUCAACACAAAUCAACGCCUAUUCAUUACACAACCAGUUCAAACACUUCUUCCACACUAAAAAUGCACGCGAACCUGGUGAAAUACUCUUCACUGAUGAUGUGCACAGUUAUCCUCAUUGUUAUUAUUAUUAUGCUGAGAGAAAACAACAGCGACAACAACAACAACAGCUUAAAGAAGUGAAAAAUGACCACUUGGAGAUUGAUAAGGAAAACAGUAAUAAGGUUCAGUUGCCUAAACAAAAAUCAUUGCACCUAAAGAUAAACGGUUUAAAAUUAUAUCUAAAUAAUAAUCCUGCAUUAAGAUCAACUAUUUUAAAUAGUCAUAAUAACUGUGGAAUUAGUGAUUUAGAUGAAACCAACAAUGGAAAAAUUCAAACUGAACAGAAAUAUAGCAGGAAUUCAGUUAAACAAAAUAAUGAAAUAUUAGGCCGUACACCACUGACGCGUUUGUCGAUGACACCAUCACCGAUAUUGACAACACCUUUAUUAUCGCGGACAAGACAAGUAGAAGAAAACCACCAAAAAGAUUACAAAUUCAAACAGAAGAAAUUAUUCCAACAUGAUGGUGAUAAUAACGAGACAUGUGAAGCUUGUAACAAAUCUAGGUUGACUAAGCGAAACGGUAAAAUACUUGGGGAGAAAUUCAAUUACCUACCGUUACUGAAACUGGAAGUAACGCCGACAAUCGAUGAUACAAUAGUAGAUUUAACAUUGAAUAUUGAAACAAAUAAAAGUGGAAAUAUUGCCGGCAGUAGGAGCAGUAAUAAUAAUAAUAUUAACAGCAAUAAUAAAGAUCAGACGAUAGCAAAACCUAAAAUGGAGUGUGAUGGUGAUGAUGAUGACGCGACCAAGUCAACUGACCAACGUUCACUGACUUCCGAAUCGGUUAAAACAAGACAAAAUGUAACGAAAAAUAAAAACUCUAAACAGUCAUUACGUUAUGCUUUAAAGUCUCUGUCAAUAUUACCAAAGUUGUCAGUGGCAACCAGGUUAACAACACAGAGAUUAAAACGAAGGAUAAAAAGCGUAAUUAUUAAAAAACCAUUUCAGGGGAAUUCAGUUCAAAGCUAA